AUGAAUUGGAUCGGCUUUGCUGUUGCUCAUCAUUUAAACUCAAAUGCUUUAAAAGCAGUUGAAAUUCUGGAAGCAUAUGAAGGGACACUAGAAGAUGAUUUUCCUCCUGAUAAUGAACGUUGUGAACAUGGGGAAAUGCUUUUGUAUAAGAUUUCUUUGCUAGAAGAAUCGGGUUCUAUUGAGAGAGCUCUUGAUGAGUUGCACAAGAAAGAGCCAAAAAUAGUUGAUAAAUUGGCUUUUAAAGAACAAGAGGUUUCUCUUUUAGUAAAGCUUGGUCGCUUUGAAGAAGGUGCCACUUUUUUCAAGGCUCUACUUUCUAUGAACCCUGACAAUUACGGAUACUAUGAAGGCCUUCACAAGUGUGUUGGGCUCUAUUCUGAAAAUGGUCAGUAUUCACCCGACCAAAUUGAACAGUUGGAUUCGUUGUACAAUUCUCCUAGGCAGCAAUACACUUGGUCUUCUGCUAUUGAGUGA